CGUGUCCAAAUCGGAGUGAUUCAGGCUCGAGUAAAAACUUCUUGUUUGUGCCUGGACAAGCAGAGGACCCAGGUCUAGAUGGGAGAUGUGGCGAUCUGGAAGUUGCGCGCGUGCUGCGCACAACCACACCACGCACAACUCUACUCUCCAAGUCUCUACCAGGUUGGUGUAAGUUAGGUGCACUCCGCUCCGAGGCUCCGAUCUUUGAACACUUGACAGCACCAGGCGGUCCAGUCGCACGAACUAGAGCAGGUGUGGUUGCUCGUGUUGCUCUACUCUGUGUGUUGCUCUCUUCUUAUAUUGGAAAAUCGGAAUUCAAAAAUGAGCCAAACAACCAGAACCCUAAGAAAGGCAAGCCGCCGGCAGGCGAUCAGCACUUCUUCCGAUCAACCUGGCGCGUUUUCUGGACCGUUUUACCAGUGCCAAUUUUGCCAAAUUCUGUUGGAGGCGGCCAGCCUCUACAAACACGAGAGGCGGUGCGGAGCUGCGUUUUUCAAAUCAGAGCAAAACGCCGAGGGCAAGGAAACGUCUCUUGCAGACAUACCACCCAAGGAACUGCAAAAGCGAUUCGCCGACUUUUUGGCGGCUGAGAAGGUGCAACUGCACGAUCAAAAUUCAUCUAGCUCAUCCUCAGAAGAGGCCGAUGAUUACGUAUCUGUCAAAGAAGCAAGAAAAGUCGCACCAGCUCAAACAAAACCUGCAGACGGAGUCCACAAAUACAUAUCUAAGAAGCUCAGCGAGGUGAGACUGGAUGAAGAAGAGCAGCUGUGCGCCAAACGCAUGUGGGAAGUGGUCAUCUUCGAGAAACAUGAGGCUGCCAAGGGCACGAUAGCCGACCUUAUCCAGAAAGGCUGCAGCCAAAAAACCCUUUCCUCAGCAGAGACGAUGGAAUUUAUCGAGUCAAUGAUCAAAUUCUCAAAGACAUGCCCCACAGAAAUGGUCAGCAGCAUUUUGGAAAAAGUCAACAAGUGCAGGAGCUGCAGCAACGCGGACUGCGUGUUGAUGAAGGCGAACUGCGGCCACUACUUUAUCUGUACUGGCUGCAUUGGAAAGGCAGAAGCGCCUCUCAUCUGCCUGGAGGAGGAGUGUCCGCAGCCAGAUUCUUCAUUUCAAAUAGUGUUUGUGAGAACUGAUCUGUGUCAUAAUGAACAAAAAUUGUCACUUCUUCCUCGUGUGCUGCAGCGAGAUGACGACGCCGAGUACACGAAAACCUGUAAAUGUAUAGUUUCAUAGAGCUUUUAUCAUGCAGAAAAUUAGCUAAUUUUUUAUAACGGAAUAUUUGUGCGCCUGUCGUUUUAGUUAUUUUGCAAGUAAAAACAUGAUCUUAUACCUCGACUUUUUUCCUUAUUUGUGCAUUAUUUGAGAUGUCUUUGUGAAACCGUUUAAUAUGUUAUUGGGAUAAUUAAUUUAUGAGUGGAACCAAAUUGAUUGUAAAAUAAAAGUAUCACACAACUUGAA